AUGAACAACUUAAACUGGACUUCGGAGGCAGAUUUUACUCUGGCUGGCUUAUCUAGCGAUAAAAGAGUUCGGUCCCUUCUUUUUGUUGUAUUCUUGCUCUUUUACCUUAUGUCACUGUGUGGAAACCUCUCUACAGCAAUAUGGGUGGCAGGCAAACUUCACACACCUAUGUAUUUCUUUUUGGGUAACCUGUCCUUUCUGGACAUCUGCUACUCAUCGGUGACUGUGCCCAAGUUGCUCGUGAGUCUUAUAGGAGGGAGUUCAGAGAUCUCAUACAGGGGGUGCAUGACUCAACUCUACUUUUAUGUCUCCUGCUGUAGCACAGAGUGUUUGCUUCUCGCAGUAAUGGGAUUUGACAGAUACGUGGCUAUCUGCAAUCCCAUGCACUACAUAACAAUUAUGAACAGACAAAAGUGUAUCCAGUUCGCCAUCGGUCUCUGGCUCACUGGCUUUCUAACUUCAAUAAUACAUACUAUUUUUACUGCCCGGUUGCCAUACUGUAAGUCACAUCGAAUUUCACAUUUCUUUUGUGACAUCCCACCAAUGCUUAAACUUGCAUGUGCUGACACUUUCUUAAACAAGAUACUCAUUCUAACUGCUGGAGGAUUUUUAGGCCUCAGCUCUUUUUUUCUCAUCCUGGUAUCCUAUAUCCAAAUCAUCUCAGCUAUUCUAAAAAUUCACACUAAAUUGGGUAGAAGCAAAGCAUUUUCCACGUGUGCAUCUCAUCUCCUUGUUGUCCUCAUCUUCUUCGGAAGUAUAAGCUUCAUGUACAUGAGGCCAACAUCAAUGUAUGUAUUGGAACAAGACCAGCUUGUCUCUCUUCUCUAUGCUGUCGUGACUCCUGCCCUGAAUCCACUUAUCUAUAGUCUAAGAAAUAAAGAGGUGAAAAGUGCCAUGAAAAGGACUAUAAAUAAAAUAUUUAAUUUAAAAAUGUAUGUAUCGAACAUGUAG